CUCCUCCUCCUCCAUUGUAUAAUGCUGCGUGAUCGCAGCCGCCGGGGCAGAGCGGAGGCUUAAAUCCUCACGCCGCCUGCGCCUGCCUCCUCCCCCGCCGCCUCCUCCUCCUCCUCCUCCUCCUGCCCCUCCCGGCGCGCCGAGGCGGCGACAUAUGGAGCUGCUGUAGGGCGAGAGUUGGCGGCCGCCGGCGCCCGGGCUCAGGUGGAGCCGCACGCGAUAUAUGUUGGGGAAAGGAGGAAAGCGGAAGUUUGACGAGCAUGAAGAUGGGUUGGAAGGCAAAGUGGUGUCUCCCACUGACGGUCCCUCUAAGGUGUCCUACACCUUACAGCGUCAGACUAUCUUCAACAUUUCCCUUAUGAAACUUUAUAACCACAGGCCAUUAACCGAGCCAAGCUUGCAAAAGACAGUUUUAAUCAACAACAUGUUGAGGCGAAUCCAGGAGGAACUCAAACAAGAGGGCAGCUUGAGGCCGGUGUUCGUCACGGCGUCGCAGCCCGCCGACCCGCUGGGCGACAGCUUCCGGGAGGCGCAGCCGGCGUUCAGCCACCUCGCCGCCCAGCCGCUGCUCCCCGCCGACCUGGUAAGCGCUGCGCCCCUGGAGGCUUGCCUCACCCCCGCCUCGCUGCUCGAGGACGACGCUUUUUGCACUUCCCAGACUGUCCAGCACGACGGUCCGACAAAACUACCACCUCCUGCUCUCCAGCCAGUAAAGGACAGCUUCUCCUCAGCCUUGGACGAAAUCGAGGAGCUGUGUCCGGCACCUACCUCCGCAGAGGCAGUAGCAGUAGCAGCCGAAACCGCGGCGGACGACUCGAAGGACCACCCCAGCGAGUCCAGCGUGCAAAGGCCCGAGGGCGUCCCGGAGAGCCGAACGGCGGAGCCGAAGCUCAUGGACCCGCUCCCUGGCAAUUUCGAGAUCACGACUUCCACAGGUUUCCUCACAGACUUGACCCUGGACGAUAUCCUCUUCGCUGACAUUGAUACGUCCAUGUAUGAUUUUGACCCCUGCACGUCUGCCACGGGGGCGGCCUCAAAAAUGGCCCCCGUCUCCGCAGACGAGCUCCUAAAAACUCUCGCUCCGUACAGCAGUCAACCAGUAACUCCAAAUCAGCCUUUCAAAAUGGACCUCACAGAACUGGAUCACAUAAUGGAGGUGCUUGUUGGGUCUUAAAAUACAGCAACGCGCUCUCUUUCUCUCUCGCUGUCUCUCUCUCUCUCCUUUUUUUUUUUUUCCUCUUUUUUUUUUCUUUUAAGUACCAGUAUAUACACUUGGUAGUAUUUCCAUAGUCCCUCCCGCCCCAGAUUCACAGCACUGUGCAUGCGUCCUUGCUCGCCUUUUUUGCAAAGAAAAGGAUCACACUAGUUUUUGCUUCAAGCAGAGUUGGAGUGCCUUCAUCCACGUAUGACCACUUCUAAUGUAUUUUUUUUAAAGUGGUUCCUCAAGGAAGACCGAAUACCCUGGUAUAGGAAAGAAUAUGUAUUGUAGACGAUGUUAUGUUAUUACAAAAAAAAAAAAAAAAUUGUAAAAGCUAAGCACAAGGAUUAUGUUGGGGAAAGCUGUAAAUUGCAUGUGCAUAUUUGUCUAUUUUUUCUAUAAGUUUUAUUGCAAGAGGUAAAAAAAAUUUUAUUAUUUAGAUAAUCUCAAUACCAUUUUAGCCCUGUAUAGGUUGACUUAGCAAUUCAGCCUUUUGGAGGCAUUAACCUGCUCCUCUUUAAGUGUUGCAUUUACAUGGCUGUUUAGAAACUGCUGCCCAAAUUUAUUUUAUAUUUUUGUACAGAUUCUGCAGUUUAUGAUAUUGUUUUUUCUAAAAACAAAUGCUGUUUAUACACACAAAAAAAAAUAGCUAUUUUGAUAGGAUUUGCUCACAUAGUUCCUGCAUAAUUCAGAUGUACAAGAACCACUUGUACUUUUAUACAGAGUUGUAAUGUUUUAUAUGUGUAUGGUGCAAAGAGAAAAUUGGAUCAAAUAAGCCUGCAGUUGGUUUCCCUGAAUGCAAACAAAAAAAAGUGCUUUAAGAAAGGGCUGGGAGCGGCUUCUGCAGGAGUUUCACAAGUGUUUGCUCCCUGCUGUCCCCACUGCGCACUACUGUGAUUCCCCAAACUUAGAGCCAUGUCCUUUUUCUCCAACGCCGGUGCGAAGCAGUUGGCAGGAAACAGUUGUGCAACUCGGCCCGGCGUGCGCGUCGGCAGCGCCGCACGUCCUCGCCGGGAGCGAUUCGAGGGGCCCGCGGCCGCCGCGUCCCCAGAGCGUCUCCGGCCCGGAGGCCGCCCGCCCUUUCUCGGAGCAUUUCGCCUGCCCUUGCCCCACCUCCCUGCGCUAAGUGCUGGAAAAGGCAACUUCAGUGUUACUGCAGUGAAGCUCAUCUCUUAUCUGCACUGGAUGGACCUGCUUUAACAUCCAUUGCUGGUGAAACUGGAGCCAGUCGCGUUACAUCACUUGGCAUCGCGUAUAGGGUUGGUUUCUUGUAUCAACUGUGUUACCUGCUUUACACUUUAUAGACCUGUUUUACAACGAAUAUACAGACACAGCUUUCUAUGCAUGGUCCUGUUCCCCGUAACACCCGAGAAGUCUUCUCAUUACUGCACCAAGAGCAUUUUUUUUAAGUUCAUUGUGGUGUACAUUUAAUUUAAAAAAAGAAAAAAAUGUUUGCAAUGUAUCAUGCCGAUUGCUGAAGUUGCUAUGGCAUUUUAGUUUUUCAAUGGUACUUCUUUAGCUGUUGAGCGCCGGUUACAACCUAUAUUGUUGACAUGCCUAUGGCUUCUUUAGGAAUAACUUUUAUAUUUAUUUAAGAAAUUUUAAAUUAUGUUUUACGUCAUUUGGCAAUAUUCAGUCAGUUCUGCUCCCUUCUUGUCAUGGAUGAAAUUGGGUCUUGUCUGCCUUUUAAGGAGGCAGCUUUUUUAUAAAUUGGCACUUUAAAACAGGCCAUAUGUAUUUAUUAGUAGAUAAAUAGAUAGAUGUAACAUAGAUAUGCACACAGACACAGUAUAAAAGCAAAUGCAUUUUGCGAUGAAGGAACUCCUAAUCUAGGUGAAAUGUGUCAUGUACAAUUACGAAAUGCUUCUGGCGUCUAAUUAAUCUGCCAGGGUAAGAUGUGGGGCUGGGGGAGGAGCGGGUUGAGGGCUGGGUUUUCUUUCUUUUUCCCUGAGACCAGCUCCGUGAAGCGAGGGGAUGCUGAUGGAGUCGCAGCCGUUUCCUUACACAGACUAAAAUGCAAGUUACUGCUUCAGAGAGCAAAUGGCUGGCCGCAGCCGCGGGGAGCAGCCGUGGCGGGGAGCCGGGAAGCAGGGCCGCGCUGCCGUGUAUCCCACCGCCGGGUGUUGCGCUGCCUGCAGCCGUCAGCCCGCGGGGGAACAGCCCUGCCGCGGCUGCGACACUCGUACCUGGCGUCGCUACGCAGACGUCAGCCGCGCAGGGGUGUGCGCGCGUCUGCCUGUUUACACAAACCCGUAGCACGCAGUAACGGCAGCUGUGGCACACGGUAGCUUGGAAAGCACUUGCAUUACCAUCGGCCAAACCGGACCUGUGGUAAGCUAGCGCUGCCCUUUCUUUUCGGAUUACCUGUGUAUUUAAAUAGAUACCAUAAGUUAGGCAGAAGUUCACGUAAAUGCCAUUUUUUUUUUUUUUGGAGCGACGGGCUGUUUGUUAAGUGCGGUUAUUUGAAGUUUCUGUAGCCGCAGAACAGCUCUAGCUACACUCGACCCCUCAGAGGACGGCUGUGCAUCCUCGGUGCUGAAGCAAGCGUCUUCUUGUAGAGUCCGUUCGGGAAUUUGCCAGGACAUCAGCAUACCUGCCUUCAGGAGCUAGGCGCGAGGUCGGCGAGUCGCACGCUGUAACCCGGGGAGUCCCGCGACUUUCCCCCUGCACAGUCACUUGCUUUCUGUACGUGGCCUUCGCCACGGCCGCCGCAGCUCCCGCGACCUGCGCCGGGGCUGGAGAGUGACACCGAUGUGCAAUGAGGUGACAAGAUGGGAGCAGAAUAAGAGAGCUUUGGAUUUGAAGUGAUUUUUUUGUUUUUGUUUUUCAUAAAUUAUUUAUUCUUUUUUUUCCUUCUGUAAAUAUAUUUAUUUUAUUGUGAAGCUAACAACAUCUGGAUUGUAACAUGUACAGAAUGUAUGGUAGGAAUGUAUUCUCUUGUAGGAAUGUAAAUCUGUAUGGAAAAGGGUAUGGGAGCCAGAUCCAGAGAAAAGGAAUUGCGUUCCGGUCAGGAUAUGCACGGUCCACAUGCCUCCCCCCUCCCUUCUCUUUCUGAUGGGGUUCUGCUCGUUCCCAGUUCGCAGGGAAGGUUUGGAUGCAGGACAGGUUUACGUCCAAACCCGGUCACAGCCAGGCUCCUCACCCGCCAGGGUCUCGCGGGGCCCCGCGCGCCUCUCCGCCUUCCCGUGCGGGUCCCGUGCGCGGGGAGCCCUGCCGCAGGCCCGGGGCCGGGCAGGCGAAGGCCUUCGCAGGACGGUACCUCCGACCCCGCAGCUGCAACCGAGCGGCCGCUACCGGGCGGAAGGCGAGGACGGACGAGGAGGCCCGGCGGCGGGGCCCGGCGGCGGACGCUUCGCCUGCUCGAGCUCCGGCUUCCCAGCCGGCCGUGCGGGUCUCCGGGGCCCUCGCCGCCAAGGAAGGGGAGCCGCCUCGACCCAGAAAGCUUCCUCGGGCCGUCUGACGUUAAGCGAGCAGCAUCAGUCACCUUCCUUGCAGCCAGCUAGAGCCACAGGACAGCAAAGCCACUGUCUGAAGCAAUCACUGUAAGAAUAAAUUUGGACCUUGUGGAAAGGUAAUUUGGUUUUUCCUCAACGCUGUGUGUUAGUAGCCUGAAUUGCUUAAAAACAAUGUUAUGAAUCCAAAGUUUACACUUCUAUCGCAAUUAAAUUGAGUAAAUCAUAAUGGGUCCUGUCUGGCAAACGGUUUAAUUCACUCCAGCAUAUUGUGAACUUUUUGUUGUUACAGGGUUUGUUGUGGUUUUUUUUUUAAAUCCAUCAGGUUUCAAUAUCCUGCUUCUGUGCAAGUUGCUUUCAGUGCUUCUAUUAAUUAACGAGACUGAACAUUUUUAAAGAAAUUAGUUCAUUUUUAAGCACUUUUUCUUUUCCUGAAAAUAAGCCUAAUGCAAGUUCUGGAACCUUUUUAAAAACAUAAAUUGCAGAUAAAAAUCCCAAACCUAAACUCCUGUCUAGUUCUGAGCGUAAUCCGUACUAGAGCCUGUAAAAGCUGCGAUUCUGGAAAAGGUGUAAAUAGUGUGACAUGUUCAGUGCAUGGUUGUUUGAACAGGGCUUGUUAUUGUCAAAAAAAAAAAAAAAAAAAAAAAAAAAAGAAAAGAAAAAAAGGCUGUAUUUCCCCUUCCCCUUCCCCCUCCCACAGACCUUAGAGCUGUGCCUUUUCUAUGCAAUAUUACAGACAUAUACAUCUGAAACCAGAUUACUGUAUUCACAUGUAGGUAUGGGCUGUAAUCAAAACCAAUUGGACAAAUGUACAUGGAAAUGAGCAGUCUUACUUUUGUAGUUUUAUAUUAUACAAUAAACAGUUAAAAUAA